AUGGAUGGUGAAGGCACACCUUUAACACAUACAACUAGAGCAUCACCAGCUACGGUCCAAUGGUUGUUAGAUAAUUACGAGACAGCUGAAGGAGUGAGUUUACCAAGAAGUACACUCUACUAUCAUUAUUUAAGACAUUGUCAAGAAACCAAUUUAGACCCAAUGAAUCCAGCAUCAUUUGGUAAAUUGAUCAGAUCAGUAUUUCUUGGUUUAAGAACAAGACGUCUUGGUACAAGGGGUAAUUCUAAAUAUCAUUAUUAUGGCAUACGAAUAAAAGCAAACUCACCAUUAAAUCAGUAUACAGAUGAUCAAACUAUGGCUAUGAGACAACAGCCUAUGUAUCAAGCCAAAAAGCCAUCAAGUAGUAAAGUUGAUGGUGAAAGUGAUACAAGUCAACCUGGCAGUAAUAAUCCAGGCUCCAAUGAAGGAAGUCAGUCUCAACAACAGCAUCAACAAUUUUUAGGUGAUGCUUCAUUAGCUAUACCUAAUUUUGAUGAAAUAGAUAUGUCAAGCAACCCACUACCUGAAGGUAUUACGAUACAAGAUGUUCGAAUAUUUGAAUUAUUAUACAGAGAACAUGCAGAGGCUAUAGUUGAUGUGGUUGUAAAUUUACAGUUUUCUCUAAUUGAAGCUUUAUGGCAGGGAUUUUGGAGAAACCAGCCGAUCGGUGAACAUCAAAAUGCUGAAAAUGAUUUUGAGAAAAAAUUACCAAAAGAAACAUUAUUCGCUUUGUGUAAAUAUGAUCCUGUCCAUGUGUUUGUACGAAAGUCUGAUUAUGCUUUUUACCAAGCCAUUAUAGAGGUGCUAAUUCCUGAUGUCCUGCGACCUAUUCCUAGUUCCCUGACUCAAGCUAUUCGAAAUUUUGCUAAAAGUUUAGAAAAUUGGUUAAAAUCUGCCAUGCAAGGUGUACCUGAUGAAAUGAUAAAAACAAAAAUUGGAGCUGUUAGUGCCUUUGCUCAGACAUUACGACGAUAUACAUCAUUAAAUCAUUUAGCCCAGGCAGCAAGGGCAGUUUUACAAAAUACAUCACAGAUUAAUCAGAUGUUAACAGAUCUCAAUAGAGUGGAUUUUGCCAAUGUUCAGGAACAAGCAUCAUGGGUAUGUCAAUGUGAUGAUGCAGUCGUUCAACAAUUAGAACAAGAUUUUAAGAAAACAUUAAAACAACAAACAUCAUUAGAACAAUGGGCUAUAUGGUUAGAAAGUGUUGUCAACCAAGUAUUAGUAACACAUGAAGGCAGUCCUAAUUUUCCUAAAGCUGCCAGACAAUUCCUGCUCAAAUGGUCUUUUUAUAGUUCUAUGGUAAUCAGAGAUUUGACUUUACGCAGUGCAGCUAGUUUUGGAUCAUUUCACCUGAUUCGUUUAUUAUAUGAUGAGUAUAUGUUUUAUCUAGUCGAACAUAAAGUAGCAAGAGCUACAGGAGAAACUCCUAUUGCUGUCAUGGGAGAAGUAAGACAGUUUUCGGAUUUAAGUAGUGCAGUAGCACUUGGUUCAUUAGAAGCAGAUAAGAAGCCAAGUGUUACUUCAACAGCAACAAAAAUAGUGAGUUCAACACCAGCAACAUCAACUAAUACAACUGUGAUGUUGGUAACACCAUCAGGUACUGAUGGUCCUCAAGUAAAAAGGUUAAAAUCAGAGUAAUUCUAUGUUUAUUUUAAUUAAGUUCUGUUACUUGUUCCAGUUAGUUAUUUGUACAAGAUUGCAUGCGAUUAUACAUUUCCAAAAUAUCAUUAAUUUAUUGAUAUCCCAAUUAGGGCUGGGUAGGUAUCGAUUAUGAAAUUUUAACUUUGUAGCGAUAAUAAUUAUUUUACCCAGCCCUAAUCCAAAUAUUUGAUAUACUUAUACAUAAUCACCAAAUUUUAUAAAAUGAAAGCAAAUAUUUACAAAGCAUUUGGAAUUCACUUUGCUUAAUAAAAUUAUUUUAAAUUUUGUGUGUUGUGUUCACAUUAGAAGUUAAUGAAUUCAAUAUUUCCUUUAUAU